AUGACAACUCUAAAUCUGCCGCCCCCAUACACCGCCGAGCAGCUCGCCGCCCUCUAUCCCUCGAACCUUGAGCUUCACCAGGUACAAGUCAUCUUCCGCCAUGGUGAGCGAACCCCCGUUGCGCCCCGUUUCCAGAACACUGGCCUCCAAGCAUUCUGGCCAUACUGUAAAUCCGCAUCCCUCUUCACUGCCCCAGUGCUUGGCCCAGACGGCAGAUGGGACGACCUCGCGUUCCGUCGGCGUCUCGAAACCUUCGGCGGAAAAGGCGAAGCCGUACUAGCUGCUUCCACCGGCAGCGGGAAGGUUACAGACGACAUCUGUCUUCUGGGGCAACUCACCGAUCGCGGGCGGGAAACGACUCUCGCACUCGGCCACCGCCUGCGGCACCUCUACGUCGACCAACUGGGUUUCCUCCCCUCCACCCUCGCCCCACCAGAAGAAUACUACCUGCGCUCCACAUCCAUCGUCCGAGCGCUUGAGUCCCUUCAGCAGGUGUUCACAGGACUAUACCCAGCCAGCCACCGACCAACGGACGUUCCUCCACCCGUCAUCCUCGCGCGCUCACUACAGGAGGAGAACCUCUUCCCGAACGAAGCCAACUGCCGGCGCUUCGCGAUGCUCUCCCGCGCCUUCGCCGAUGUCGCAGCAAAGCGCUGGAACGACUCCCCCGAGAUGGCGCUGCUCAACUCGAAGCUCGGAAAGUGGAUGCCUGCCGGCGGGAAAGUCGCCGUUGACGGACACCCACGUUUGUCGGGGAUCAUGGACACCGUUAACGCAACCCUCGCGCACGGCCCAGAGACCCGUCUGCCAGGUGAGUUCUACGACGAGGAUGUACGCCGCAUCAUGAAUGAUUUCAAUGUGGAUGAGUGGUAUCGUGGGUAUGCGGAGAGUGUAGAGUUUCGACGACUGGGUGUCGGCUCGCUGCUGGGUGAUAUCAGGGAUCGUGCCACCGCCGUGGCGAGUGGGAAGAGUCAGGUUAGGUUGGCGCUCAUGGGGUGUCAUGAUACUACGCUUGCGGGAUUGUUAGCUUCGCUGGGAGCGUUCGAUCAAAAGUGGCCACCGUUUACGUCGGCGAUUGCGGUGGAGACGUUCAGAUUGAAGGACCAUAGGCGCAGCUUUUGGGGAAGGGUUACGGGUGCUGGCGCCGAUGAGGGUUGGUACGUGCGGUUGAGGUAUAAUGAAAAGCCUGUGGUUGUCAGUGGUUGCAAGAAGGCGGGCAAGCACCUGGAGGGGAAUGAGAGUUUCUGUACGAUGGAAGCGUUCAAAGAGGUGGUGGGCAAGAUUGCGCCGACAGACUGGAGGGCGGAGUGUAUGAACAACAUGGAUAAAAAGGGUCUUCCCAAAGUGGAGGAGGUGGAUUAG